UGAAGCUCUCCGACUCAGCAUACUUCUGCCCUCAGCUCUACCGUGCCAGUAUCACUUUCGCCCUCGUUUCUUACUACCGCUCACCACUAUGGCCGAGCGUAAGCGGAAUUGGGACACAGAGAAUGAUGAUGACUUACCAGUUUAUCUCGCCCGUCCCGGAACCGCAGACCAGGUGCCCCGUCAAAAAUACGGGGGUAUGUUUUGCAAUGUGGAGGGCGCAUACGAGAGCAAAACCAUUGAUUUUGAUGCCUUGAACGUUGGUCAGCGGGGGAACCGAACCCCGAGGACUGCUAAAAGUGGAACCUCGUGCAGCCCAACAAGUGCGAGCUCUCAAUGUAAAGAAAGUACUUGGUACGACAUGAAAGACUCAGGCGCAGAGAUAAAAACUACCAGAGGCAAGGAAUUCCUACAAAAUCUGGGUGAUGAUAAGAGCGACAGGCUUCUGGUCAAAGGCGGGAGGAUUGUGAAUGAUGACCAGUCUUUCUACGCUGACAUCUACAUGGAGGAUGGCGUCAUUAAGCAGAUCGGAGACAACCUGAUCGUUCCCGGAGGGAUCAAAACCGUCGAGGCCAACGGCAAAAUGGUCAUCCCCGGCGGCAUUGACAUCCACACCCACUUCCAGAUGCCCUACCGAGGCACGACCACCGUGGAUGACUUCUCCCAGGGCUCCAAGGCUGCCCUGGCCGGGGGGACCACCAUGAUCGUGGACCAUGUGAUCCCAGAGCCGGGCAGCAGCCUGAUCGAGGCCUUUGAGCAGUGGAGGAACUGGGCUGAUGAGAAGACCUGCUGUGACUACUCCCUUCAUGUGGACAUCACCCACUGGAACGACAGAGUCAAACAGGAGGUGGACAUACUGCUCAAAGAGAAAGGUGUGAACUCCUUCCAGGUGUACAUGGCUUAUAAGGACUUCUACCAAAUGAGCAACAGUGAGCUGUAUGAGAUCUUUACCUUCCUAGGAGAGAUGGGUGGAAUUGUGCAGGUCCAUGCUGAGAAUGGAGAGAUCAUUGCCGAGGAGCAGGCCCGCAUGCUGGAGAUGGGCAUCACUGGACCGGAGGGGCACGUGCUGAGCAGGCCAGAGGAGCUGGAGGCAGAGGCAGUGUUCCGUGCCAUCACCAUCGCCAGCCAGACCAACUGUCCCCUGUAUGUGACCAGGGUCAUGAGCAAGAGUGCUGCCGACAUCAUCUCACAGGCCAGGAAAAAAGGUAACGUUGUGUUCGGCGAGCCAAUCACGGCCAGCCUUGGGACAGACGGGACACACUAUUGGAGCAAGAACUGGGCCAAGGCCGCUUCCUUUGUGACAUCACCCCCUCUCAGCCCUGACCCCACCACGCCAGACUACCUGAACACAUUACUAGCCAGUGGGGACCUGAACAUCACUGGCAGCGCCCACUGCACCUUCAGCGUGGCUCAGAAGGCCAUAGGGAAGGAUGACUUCACUCAGAUUCCUGAGGGUGUGAAUGGAGUGGAGGAGAGGAUGUCCCUCAUCUGGGAGAAGGCUGUGACCACUGGCAAAAUGGACGAGAACAUGUUUGUUGCCGUGACGAGCACCAACGCUGCCAAGAUCCUGAAUCUCUACCCCCGGAAGGGACGUCUCGCGGUGGGCUCCGACGCUGACCUGGUCAUCUGGGACCCGGACACUGUCCGCACUGUCACAGCCAAGACACACAACUCGGCUGCUGAGUACAACGUGUUUGAGGGCAUGGAGCUCCGUGGAGGCCCCUCGGUGGUGAUCUGCCAGGGGAAGCUGGUGCUUGAGGACGGGGGCCUGCACGUCACCCCGGGGGUCGGCCGCUUCAUUCCCUGCACCCCCUUCCCAGACUACGCCUACAAGCGCGUCAAAGCCAGGAAGCAGCUGGCGGUCCUACGGGCAGUGCCCCGGGGCAUGUACGACGGCCCCGUCUCUGACUUCUCACCCCUGUCCCGCGGUGGGACCCCCUCAGCGUCCGCCCGCACCUCCCCGACCAAGCAGCCCGUCAGGAACCUCCACCACUCGGCUUUCAGCUUAGCAGGUAACCCUGCACAACGUGGUCCCCCUACCACAGAGGACCUACCCAUCCGACCAGCAGGACGCCGCAUCGUAGUGCCCCCUGGUGGACGCUCCAACAUCACCUCCCUCAGCUAAGAGGGUGAACUGGGGAGAGACCAGUCAGAAGAUGACGACAGCCACUGGGAGAAGACAGAGACAUGAUUAGUUAAAACAAGUUAAGAGUUGAGCAAAACACUGAACCCUCAUGCCUUACCAGCCUCAUUCUACAUGCUAAAACGUCUUAAAGAUUCAGCGUUUCUCCUCCUAGGGAAUUGUUUAUCUGUAACUACAGCACACAUAUUGACUGAAAGUAAGUUGAGAAAUAUGUUAUUCAGUAAUUGUGUGCUCGUAAAUGAGCAUGGUCAUAGUCAGAAUACAGGUGAUAUAAUAGUACAACUCUCCCUUGCUGUCAACAUGGAUACUUUUUUUAAUUGACAGUUUAGGCACUUCUCUCAAUCCAAUAAUAUAACAAUACAUUUACCUCAAGAUAACUAUCAUGACCAACUCCGGCAGAUGUCUGUUCCCUAGGAAAAGAAAUACUGAAUUUCUCAAAGCAACGCUUUAGUUUUUCUUGCAUCAUGUUUGGCUUUCAAUGUCACCCUUUUUGCGUACUAGUCUGCAGAUAUAGUCCCCUAGCGAUGUAAUAAUAACAUGCAGUAAUUUCCAUUACUGUUAGGUGGCAUUGUGAGUAUGUAUGGUAGAUGUGAUGUAGCUUUGUGAAUGAUGUUGUCGCUGCCUCCCUGGGCUGUUGAGUUGGGAGGGAUAGUCAUUAAUGACCUAAUGAUUAAAAAGAAGAAACACUUCUGUUGAUACAGAUUAUACGGUAGAAAUGGUUGUCAUGUUUAUUCAUCCCAUGCGCUCCACUCCAUCCUGGCUGUAGAUUACGAUGUGAGAAACCAUCUUUUGCAUUUGCUUCAGACUUAAUGCUUGUUCCUAUACAUACCGUUUAGCAAGUCAUCUGGGUGGUAAAAAUAAAAGAAAUGAACCCUUGCACAAGUAGUAAAACCAAGCUCAACUUCCACAGCCUGAGUGGUGAGGUUGUAAUUAGGAGCUUUGUGACCAUUAACAAAUAAAGAAAACAUAUUAAGCGAUAAAAGUAAAAAAAAAAACCUGCUUUGAAAUAACAGUAAUGCACCUCAGCUUUAUUUAGUAUUUUGUGGGCUCUCGUUCCGAAGCAACAGACCAUAUAACUCUGCAUUCAACAACGUAACAUGCAAAUGUGAUGUUGUGCUGUUUUAAAUCUCAAUACUCCCAGAGAGUCUCCACAUUGCUGUAUUGGCCCUGACUGACAGCUCUUGGUUUGGUUACCAACACAGAGGGGAAAACAGACAGGCUUUACCCCGGUUAACUCCCAGAGUUUUUUUUAUAUUCUCCUGGUCUGCCUACCUGUCCCAGGACAGACAGGGGGAUUGUGGUUUUGAGAACGAGGCGAGGAUGAGGACGGCUUUACUUUUGAAGAACAGGUCAUGAAGAAGUCAUUGGGUUUUACUAAGUGAUGAUGUGGAAGUCCAAGCAAUCCAAGUGGUGAUUAUAUUUAUGUUAGUAUGACUUUGAGCUAUGUUAUUGUUUUUAUGUAUUUUUUUACUGUUGUAUCAAAACCCAGAGAUGGCAGGUAAAAAAAAAAACAUUGAGGUGUGAUGUGGUAUGAACUGUUCCUGAAUAAACAUGAGUUGCAACUGA